AUACACUCGAACGAAACACUACAUUUGUGACAUAUCACAAGACAAACAUGUUUAUCGUGAAUGAAAUAUAAACAAAAAAUAAAAUAGAACAAAAACAUAAAACAAUGGACGCAAUAAAUCAUUAUCCAUAUUAAAAUCUAUCAAUAGAUUAGUCAUUAACAAUGAAUACAAUUACGGGCCAAUCAACCAAAUACCAACAAAUUAACAAACAAAGAUCACACAAAAUGUGCAUUCAAGUUUGUUUUACUGUGAUUAUUUCUAUUGUCUGCUGCACAGCAAUGAUGUUAGCUGUAUCAUCCUAUAAUCAAAGCCAACCGAUAGAAAUAACAGAGCACUCUGACGAUUUUCAGACUUCAAUGAGAUAUGUUCAAAUUUUGCAUACCUCUGCAAAUGUUUCUUCGUCUUCUUCUCAUGCAGAUACGCUACAGCAAUGGAGUCGAAGAGAGUCAAGAUAUUCCAAUGAAUUUAUGCUUGAAAAGAGGGUGUCAGAAGCAUACCAUUCCUCAAUGAAUGCUGAACUAUCCAAUGAAUCAACUAUUUCCGAUCAAAGCACUCCAUCAUCAAAUAAUGAUCGAAAACUUGUGUGCUACUACACAAUACCCGAAAGUAAUUUAAAGAAGUCUAUCAACCUUCAACUUGAUAAAAUAGAUGCAUUUUUGUGCACCCAUAUCAACAUUGGAGUAGCUGUAAUAGAAAAUAGUAAAAUUGUCAUCACUGACGAAUUGAAGGUGGCCUUUGAGCAAAUGACUGUAUUGAAGCAAUUAAAUAAUAGUCUUAAAGUACUGAUCUGGAUUGGGGGUCCAACUGAGUCGAUAAGCUUUUUUGAAAUGAUUCGUACACAUGAGAAUCGAAAAGAGUUUAUAAAAUCCAUCAAAUUAGCACUCGAAAAAUAUCAUCUUGAUGGCGUUGAUAUUGAUUGGGAAUUUCCAAUUACGUACGAUAAGAGUCGAAUCUAUCUCACCAAAUUGUUGCAUGAAAUACGAAAAGAAUAUGAAAGAGAACGUCGUAACUAUUUAUUAAGCGUAGCCGUUGCAGCGCCUGAGGGAAUUGCAUACUUUGCAUAUGACGUUGAGGCUCUUAAUCAAUUUUGUGAUUAUAUCAAUAUUAUGACGUAUGAUUAUCAUUUUUAUUCGAAAUCUACACCUUUUACCGGUCUCAAUGCGCCCUUGUAUAGUAGAAAAAAUGAAAAUUCAUUACUUUCAACGCUAAACAUAAAUGCAUCGGUGAGCUUUUGGCAUGAAAAAGGUUUAGACAAACAGAAAAUUAUAGUGGGACUUCCAACUUAUGGACACUCGUUUCGUUUGAUUAAUCCAUUUAAUAAUAAACUCGGAAGCCCCGCAAGUGGAUUCGGACGAACGGGAGAAUUUGGAUUUGUGACAUAUCCAGAAGUAUGUUUGUUUGAACGACACAAUAUAUUUGUGACGAAAGUUUUUGACGCCGAUACAUGUUCACCAUAUAUUUUUGCUGGUGAUGAAUGGAUUUCAUAUGAAGAUGAUAACAGCAUUAAGUGCAAAACCGAAUAUGUGAUAAAAGGUGACUUUGGUGGUGUUAUGAUAUUUUCCUUAAACACGGAUGAUUUUUCAUCAUAUUGUUACUACGGAAGCCAAAAAUAUAAGAAACCCAAAAAUUUCCCAUUAACUAGAUUAGUCAAUGAAUUGUUAAUUUGGAAUUGAGGUGGAUUUCUUUUUAUACCGAAUAUUUUAAAGCAUUUAAGAAAAUUC